UCGCAACUACAACACUACAACCUCAAAUGCUAUUUUGACAUCAUCACCGACAAUCACGACCUCGACAACGGCGAUAGCUUCUAACUCUAUUUUCUCCGCAAAUUUCUCUUUGGCUACUGCUGUUUAUUCACCAAGAUGUCGAGCCCAACGCGGGAACCAGGCCCGCCUGUCGCGCAACCCUUCAAUGCUUCAAUCACCACCCAUCUCCAUGCUCCCCCGUCGCCUCAUACCCACAGAGCACUGCGCAAAUUGCAAUCCGCGCACAAUCUUGGUGCCGCUGCUCGAAAUUCAAGUCAAGGAUCUCUAUUAUCGCAGAAUAUCCUUCAAGAUCUCCGAAGCGACCGUGCGCCCGUUCCCGCUCGUAACUAUAGCAAUCGAUCGCCUCAGAGAAACAGAGCCAACUCGGACGCGACCCCUCCCCCUACCUUCCCUAACAAUAUCUUCAUGUCCUUGAAUAGUAGAAGAACUGCGUUGAGUAGAACUCCGAAGGUGGCGGAUACUAUGUCCCUGGAUAGGUUGAUUAGGGAGGGACCCCCUGAUGGAGAUGUGGAUGGCGCUUUAGAGAGCGCGCGACUGAAAGUUCUUGACCAAGGUAUUAAGAGCGACAGCGAUGGCAUGUCGCGAACUAGAAUCUACGUCUGGCUUAUCUUCGUCGAUGCGCCGAUCUUCCGAACCGAUGAUUAUCUUCAUCUUAUCCAUCGAGGUGCUUCGCCGGCUUAUUCUAAGAUCCGAAACGACACUUUCCGAACUCUGACCACUGAUCCUCUCUUCCGUCGCCGUGUUAGUGAGGCUAGCUUAAUCCGUCUAUUGAACGCUAUCGCUUGGAAGCUUCACGAUGCCAAAGAGGAACGCCGCCCGACAAGUAGUAGAUUAUCUCUUGCACCGAUGUCUAGCGCUAGCAGCUCUCGUAGCGAUCUUUCACAAACCGACUCCUCCCCAUCUGCAAGGAACCGUGCCCGCGCCCUCACUCUCACGACAGAGGGCUCUGAUGCUACCGCAUCAGAGCCGGGCACCUACGUACAAGGGAUGAACGUGCUCGCUGCCCCGUUUCUAUAUGCGGCUCGCAGUGAAGUGGAGGCCUUCUCUGCCUUCUACACUCUCCUAACAAAGGAGUGUCCCGGAUACAUCAGGGGUGCAAUGGACGGAGUUCAUCGCGGACUAGCACUUGUCGACAAAGUGCUAGCGAUUGUAGAUCCUAAGCUAAGUUCCCAUUUGACAUCUAAGGGUCUAUCGGCGGAGAUUUACGCCUUCCCAUCUGUCCUCACUCUUUGCGCGUGUACCCCUCCUUUGCCAGAGGUGUUGAAGCACUGGGACUUCCUCUUCGCAUACGGGCCGCAUUUGAAUAUUCUGUGUAUUGUUGCUCAACUGAUCAUGAUGCGAAAUGAACUACUUACUUCAAUAAAUCCUAACAAGCUCCUUCGAUCAUUCCCAGCCUUACGAGCGGAACUAGUUAAGCGAACCGCGCUAGCUAUCAUCAAGAUGAUACCCGACGACGUGUACGCCGAGAUCGUGAAGCACGCCCUAUAACAUUACUAUACCGAAAUGAUGUUAUAUCUAGAUGAUGCGACGAUUACGACUGGUUCUUUACGAGUUAAACUUUACGAUUUAGGCGUAAACGCUCCUGUAACAACAAUUUACGAUGAGGAACUAAGGAACUUGGAAAACACUCGACACAUAAUACCUGUAUCGA